UUUCCCAAACAUUAGACUUCACCACUCCAAAAGCAACAAGUUAGUCCCAUAAAAAAUGUCUUCCUCUAAUUUGCUCAUCUUACUCCUUGGAGUACUUCUCACCACUCAAACUCUUGCCAAUUACUAUAAGCCCCCAGAGCAUGAGCAUAAGCCGGAGGCUCCACAUUACAAGUCACCUCCGGUCGUGAAGACACCACCAACCCCUGUGUAUGCAAAACCUCCACACCAUGGCGAGAAGCCUAAGCCGCCACCAACCCCGGUGUAUACGAAACCUCCACACCAUGGAGAGAAGCCUAAGCCGCCCCCAACUCCGGUUUACAAACCUCCACAAGUAGAGAAGCCUAAGCCACCCCCAACCCCGGUGUAUUCGAAACCUCCACAUCAUGGAGAGAAGCCUAAGCCACCACCAACCCCCGUUUACACGAAACCUCCAAAAGUAGAGAAACCAACACCGCCCCCAACCCCGGUUUAUAAAAGUCCUCCUUAUGGAGAGAAGCCUAAGCCUAAGCCUAAGCCCAAGCCCGAAUUACCAAAGCCGAAACCUCCAACUUAUCCACCUAAAGUGGUGAAGCCACCAUAUGGAAAACCACCGGUAUCCCCACCAGUGCACAAGUCUCCGCCUUACGGUCACUACCCCGGAAACCCUCCUUACAAGAAGCCCCCUACUGGAUCCUACAAGCCACCGAGUCCUGGUCAUCCGAACUGAUGAAAUGAGAUCAUGAUAAAAUGGAUAGGUCGAUGUUAGGUUUCCACUUCCCAGAAAUAAGAGUUGUUUAUAACAACUCAUGGCAUGCAUUUUGGAGCUUACAUACGUGUAUUUUGAUAAGAUAUAUGUCGAUUACUAUUGGGAUAACAUUUGCUCUUGCCUUGUUAGCUGAUGAGCCUAUCCAUUCAUUUCUUGUUCAUCCAUGAUCUUUUGUUUAUUUAAUAAUAUAUUAAUGUUUCUUAUGGCC